AUGGAUCCAGACGUGGAGCCAAAGAUGAAGGGUAACGAGGAUCACCAGGAUGAGGAUCUUGAGAUGGUAGACGCGCCCGGUCAGGCACCGACCACAUCUCCCACGGCAACCCAAGACAUAGGAGCCGAACAAACGGAGCCAAAUACUGCUCCAUCUGCUCAGCCCGAUUCUCUACCAUCUCUCAUCAAAGGCCCCAAUUCACCCGGCAUCAACCUCAUCAACACCAUUUUAGAAACAACCGAGAAGCCCUCGGAAUCUCAAAAGAUGGGUCCGAAGAAGAAGGGAACCGCCGCGGUCAAGAAGGCUCUGAAGCGUCCUAAAGGUGGAGCCUCCAAACCCGGCAAGCCCAAGAAGCACAACGACGCUGUAUCUACGACUUCCUCCGCCAAUCUGCAGGAUGAUUUGGCCGGAGGAUCCGAUGAGGAAUCUGAUAACGGACCGUAUUGCAUAUGCCGCGGUCCAGAUGAUCAUCGGUUCAUGAUUUCGUGCGACAGGUGCGACGACUGGUUCCACGGCGAGUGCAUCGGCAUGAGCAAGGAGGUCGGUGAGAACCUGAUUGAGCGCUUCGUCUGCCCGAAUUGCACAGACGGGGACAAGAAUGUCAGCCUCUUCAAGAAGACGUGCUCCUACAGGAACUGCAUGAAGGCGGCACGCUUAUAUGACGAUGAGGAGAAGAGCAGCGUGUUCUGCAGCGAUGAGCACGCAUACAUGUUUUGGGAGAAGAACAUCGCCUCCCUGCCCAAGAAGCAUUCGUCUAAGAAUGCUUCACAGAACGGGCUCACUCAGGAGGAAGUCAUGGGUCUCUUGGCUAGUGAUCUGGCUGGGAUCGACCCGUCUGAUGGCAGAUGGAAGGUCCAGACCAAGCCGUUUGCUCCAAAGAAAGUUGGAGUUGAAAGCCCGGAAGCCAAGAAUAAGACUCCUGCACUCACGCACCUCACAGAGGAGGAGCAAGAUAUUCUCACAGUUUCGGCCGCUGAGCGAAAGAAGCUGGGCGAAGAGGUCCUCCUCUGUCAGAAGAUGCUACAGCUCCUCGAGUGGGCCAACGACAGGCGAAAGUCUCUCAUCGUGUCCAAGCAAUUCGAAGACGCCGCGUGCGGCUACGACUACCGUCUUGAUCAGGUGGGCGUCGUGGGCCCCUUUGCGAAUUGGCUCAAGUCGGACGAGGCCAAGGAGGUUUUCAAGGAUGGCAACCUCGACGUCGGCAGCCGGCUGAGCGGUGAGGACAAGAAUAUCUGCGACAAGAAGCGCUGCAAGCCUCAUCAAGGAUGGUAUUCGAUCCACACUAGAGAUGUGAAGUACCAGAUGAAGCUCCUGGCGGUGGACGCGAAUAAGAAGCUCGACGAGGAGCGCCGGAUCAAAGAGGCAGCAGCUGAACGGAAGCUGAGAAAAGAGGCGGAGCACAACACCGUGCAGUGCAUUUUGCCGGAUGGAAAUCUGGGCCCGCCCAUAGCUACGUGA